UUUUCCAUGCCGAGAGCACCGGCCAAUAAUCAAUUUUCGAGCUCCGUCAGACAACCGUGACGUUGAAGACUGACAAAGCUCCGCUCCACCCAUCAUCAGCUUCAUCCAAAGCUGCAGCACCCACGCCCGCUCGACCAAAGACAAUACGAUCGACAUCCCCGAUUCCUUGCGCUGCGCAUUUAUCUCGACAGACGAACAAUUUACAGGCCUACAUCAUGUCUGGAGGAAGAAGCCCCAUGGAGGAGGCUUACGCGCGCCUUAGGCAGGUUGCUGAGCAGCAGCAGAAGCGCGGCGGCUUCGGUGGCGGCGGAUUGCCCGGUGGCCCUCGCGGCGCCGGUAUGGGACUGGCGGGUCUUGUUCUUCUGGGAGGUGCUGCGUUUGUGGCCCAGAAUGCGCUGUUCAACGUCGAUGGCGGUCACAGAGCGAUCAAGUACCGGAGGACGACUGGUGUGAGCAAAGAGAUCUACGCCGAAGGAACUCACUUCGUCAUUCCUUGGUUUGAGACUCCCGUCACCUACGAUGUUCGCGCGAAGCCGAGAAACGUUGCCUCCCUUACGGGAACCAAGGACUUGCAGAUGGUCAAUAUCACCUGCCGUGUUCUUUCCAGACCCGAUAUCGCGGCUCUGCCUCAGAUCUACCGCACAUUGGGUACCGACUACGACGAGAGAGUGCUUCCAUCCAUCGUCAACGAGGUCCUCAAGAGCGUCGUCGCUCAGUUCAACGCUUCCCAGCUGAUCACCCAGCGAGAGAUGGUUGCUAAGCUGGUCCGCGAGAACCUUUCUCGACGUGCCGCGCGGUUCAACAUUCUUCUGGAUGACGUGUCCCUGACGCACCUUGCAUUCUCUCCCGAGUUCACGGCCGCCGUCGAGGCGAAACAGGUCGCUCAGCAGGAGGCUCAGCGCGCAGCCUUCGUCGUUGACAAGGCUCGACAAGAGAAGCAGGCCAUGGUUGUCAAGGCCCAGGGUGAGGCCCGCUCCGCCGAGCUGAUUGGAGAUGCUAUCAAGAAGAGCAAGGCCUACGUUGAGUUGAAGAAGAUCGAGAACGCCCGUUUCAUCGCUCAACAGAUGCAGGAGUCUGGUAGCAAGAACAGACUGCUGCUCGACUCCGAGGGCCUGGGCUUGAACGUGUUUGAGGAUCGCGAGAAGAACUGAAGCGGUUUCUUGUGAGCGAUAAAAAUCUCCCCUGUAUUCCUACAGUCUUUGAAGGACCUGUACAAUAAUGAAAACGCCUGAAAGCUUUGGACACAAACCCUUCCUUCGCAUAUGCAGAAGGAAAGGGCUGAUGUAUAUUGAAUCCGUGUAAUACAAACAACCUGCUCAGCUAUUUAUCGUAAUCUCCAGAUGGGUGAAUACAUACCUCACUUGCCGAAUCCUAAUUUAUAUGAACUUCAAGGUCUCAUCGUC